AUGGACGGUGACGAUGACACAAUCAUGGGUGAUUCCCACCUUCCUAAUUUGAAUUCCGCCACAGCUUUCACACCAAGCCAUCGUCCGACACAUUUGAACAAUGAAUCUAACCCCACGCUGGCUCCUUCUUUCAUCUCGCAAUCUGUUGCCUCUCCAUCACCCAGCUCUGAGAAAUCUCAACUUCGGGAGACCAUCACCUCUACUCGCAUCUCCCCUCCUGAAGGCGUGAUUACCAUCAGUGAUAGUGCAAGCUCUGCUGCUGAACAAGCGUUGAAACGCGAUAGUUCAAUUGAAGCCAACUCGGACUGGUCGGAAGAAGACAUGCCUAAGUCCGGUCUUCCCCUGACAUCACUUGCCACAGGACUUUGUUAUGAUAUUCGCAUGCGUUACCACUGUGAGGUUCGCCCACAGAGUGAUGUUCACCCAGAGGACCCCCGGCGUAUCUACUACAUUCACAAAGAACUUUGUAACGCUGGUCUGGUCGAUAGUGCAGAAUCGAGUCGACCUUUGGCGCCCAAGACCCUGCAACGGAUCGAGGCUCGCGAUGCGACCAGGGAGGAAGUCACUCUAAUACAUACCAAUGCCCACUAUGCAUUCGUCCGGAGCACCGAAGAUAUGCCCGACGAGGUGCUUAUUGAGCUGGAGAAGGAACGCGAUUCCAUCUAUUUCAACAAACUGACCUUCGGUGCCGCCAUCUUGAGUACUGGAGGAGCCAUCGAGACAUGCCUGGCGGUCGCACAACGUAAGGUGAAAAAUGCCAUCGCCGUCAUCCGUCCACCUGGUCACCACGCCGAGGACGACGCUGCGAUGGGCUUCUGCUUGUUCAACAAUGUAUCUGUUGCCGCACGUGUUUGCCAAAAUAAAUUAGGAAACGCCUGUCGUAAGAUCAUGAUCCUUGACUGGGAUGUUCACCAUGGAAACGGCAUUCAGAAGGCAUUCUACGAUGAUCCGAACGUUCUCUAUGUUUCAAUCCAUGUCUACCAAGACGGCCACUUCUACCCGGGAGGCCCCGCAGGAGACUGGGAUCACUGUGGCGAAGGUGCAGGAGUCGGAAAGAACGUCAACAUUCCAUGGCCCAAUCAGGGUAUGGGCGAUGGCGACUACAUGUUCGCCUUCCAUGAAGUGGUGAUGCCUAUUGCACAAGAAUUUAACCCCGACUUGAUUAUCAUCUCGGCUGGCUUUGACGCUGCCGCGGGUGAUGUGCUAGGAGGUUGCUUUGUCUCGCCGGCUUGCUAUGCCCAAAUGACGCACUUGCUCAUGACUCUGGCCAACGGGAAGGUCGCGGGUGGAUACAACUUCAAGUCUAUCUCGAAGUCGGCUCUCGCUGUGACCAAGACCCUUAUGGGAGAACCUCCCGAGCGUUUGACGAACAACAUCCCCGCCACCUCAGCAGUCAACGCGGUCCGACAAGUGAGAAGCAUCCAGUCCAAGUACUGGAGUUGUCUGUAUCCCAAGACGCUCGCCCAGGCGCCACGCGGCGAGCGGCUUCAUGAUAUCCUGCGCCUUUACCAGGCGAGCCAGCUAUAUGAAAGCUGCAAGCUCGUACCACUUUGGAUUUAUCGCACUAGCAUAUCCAAGUCCUUUGAGAAACAGGUUCUAGCCAGCUCAAAUUACACCCAGGCCGUGCCACUCGUUGUCAUCUUCCACGACCCGCCCGAGAUGUAUGGACAAGGCCACUUUGUUACUAAUAAGUUGGAGGCCCACGAUGUCUGGGUGGCCGAUGCACUCAAGGAGUACGUUAAAUGGGCUGCGAAAAAGGGUUACGCGGUGAUUGAUGUCAAUAUUCCCAAGCACGCAACUCGGGAGGGGGCUGCCGAUCAAUUCAAGAGCGUUAGUGAGGAUGAGGACCGUUCGGCCGCCACCGAAGAGCUUGCCGGAUACUUAUGGGACAAUUACAUCGAUGCGCACCAUGCAACCGAGAUAUUCUUACUCGGCGUCGGCAACGCUUUCGUCGGCGUAGUGAACUUGUUGAUGAACAGGGAAAAUCUCUACAAGCGUGUCAAUGGCGUGGUCUCGUUCGUGUGUGAGAAUCCCGUCAAGGCGGUCGCAUCCAACACCCAGACUUGGCUUUCGAAGUGGUAUCGCGAGAACUCCCUUAUCUUUGUUUCAAGAACCCACGGCGUUUGGGACGUUGACCGCAAGCCAUCCAAGCGGUACGGACAACUGAUCCGAUCUCCACGCACGGGACUGAAUGACAUGCUGGCCGCGCAUGAAGAAGAAGUGUACAAAUGGAUUUCCGAUCGUGCCGACCACGUGGAUGAGGAUACGGAGGAAGAUUCUUGA